UGCCAUGCUAUCAAUGUUGGGAAGUCUUUUCAUCACGUCAGGUGUGGCGGAAUCUACCUGUUGUGUUUUAUAUUAUGGAACGUCUACCGCUUAUUAAUAUUAAAGGAUUGUUUCCAUUUAUUUUCUGACAGUGGAUUAAGAUAACCCCCGUUGUACUAAAAACUGGAUAUAUGAGUGUAAUAUAAUUAGUGGAAAUUUAACUGUAUAGAAGCGAAUCUGACAGAGUAAUAAAAUGGUUUGUUUUUCUUGGGAAGUAUAACAUACUGACCAAACUGUUGAGGAAUGCAAGAAACGGUUUCGGGAAUGUGUUAGUGAUAGAUAAGAUACAUUUAUGUAUAAGUAUGCUUUAUAUAAACUGAUUAUAUACAUACAAAACAAUAAACACAGUAGGCCCACAUGAUGCCUUUAGUUCAACAGAUUCAGUAGCGCUCUACCGUAAGAUCCUUGAAAAUGUGAUGCUGACAUUAUUGUUUCUGUGGCAGUGACUAUAAUCCCAGAAUACAGAAUCUGAGUAAUUUGUAUUUGAGUGAAACUAAAUCCCUUUCCAGUGAUUAUUUUAUGAAGAAAACAUUACAUUCCAAUCAACAAGUGUAUUGCUAAGAUGUUAAAUAUAUAAUAAUGACAACCAUAAUGGAUAUAUUGAUAUUCCCGGCAUCACGUUUAUCUAUAUUAGGAAUAAUGUGUUUAUUAACACACGUUAUAACAGAAAAUGAAGACCAAUUCACUAAUAGAUCGUUUAAUAAUCCAGUCUUCCUACCAUCAGUAACUAAUAUUACUGUUAAAAGAGGGUCGUUGGCUGUUUUACCCUGUUCUAUACAAUAUCUACAAGAUAAACAAGUGGUGUGGAGGUUUGUAGAUGAAGAUAAGUUUUUAACAAUUGGUAAAAAGACUUGGUUUAAAAGUGAUAAAAUUAUAUUAGAACAUUUAUCCCAAGAUGAUAAUAUUACUAAUUGGGAUUUGUUAAUUAAAAAUACAGAAUUUAUAAAUGGUGGCAUGUACGAGUGUCAGAUAACAUCAACUGUUGAUUUAACUAGAAGAGUUCAACUUAACAUAUUAGAAACUACAAUAAAAGGAGAUAGAGCGAUCGAUCGUGGUGAAAGAAUUUAUUUUGUUUGUAACGUGACGGGGGGUCCCCAUAUACCUACAGAUAUCACGUGGUAUAAAGAUGGACAUCCAAUAACAAGUAGGGGAUUCCCCCAUGCUAUAAUAACUAAAUAUAGAUCUAAAGUUAACAAUUCUAGUAUAACAGAAUUUAUAGUAGAUAGAAGUGUUUUCUCUGAUACUGGUGUUUAUACAUGUAAAAGUAAAACAGUGGACACAGUUAAAGCGAAAAUAUUUCUUCAGAUAGGUGAUACAGUUCAUGUUAAAAGAAUUCCAGUGUUUGAAGAUUUAAAGGAAGAAAAAAGAGGAGGGUAUUCACCUGCUUACACUUCCGGUUCACUGCAAACACCGAAUUCGUGCAAUAAACUUUCAGUGUCUGUAGUCAUUAGACUGCUGUUAAUAAUAAUUAUUACAACAAUACACAGAUGACAGGUUGUAUGAUUAAGGAUUCAGAAGCAAACUGUCGACAGUUCAAAACUAUGUAAACAUGUGGACUAACUGGUAUAAACGUAUGCGUGUGGUGUCACUCUCAGGGAUAGAUUAACUUAUGGUGGGCGUGAAAUUAAGGCAAUGAAUUAGUGUAAAUAUUGAGAUUUCCCGGAGUGUGGAAUGUCACAUUUUAAAGAAUUUUUGAGCAGAACCAUACCAUGUGAAUGUGUGAUUAGGAAUACCAAGUGACCAAGGGAUAGGAAUCAAUUAGCAAUAUAGUUCGAAACUAACCAGUUAAUCAUUCUAGUCUUUCAAAUAGACACAAACUUAGUUCUGAAAUAGUGUUACAACGUGUGUAUAAAGUAUAGACGUCAUGUGCUGGCUUGCCCAGGUAUGAAUAUAUUUUCCAAGUGUUGAACUUAGUGAAUAUAUACUGAAAGCAAUAAUUAUGACCAGAAAGGGUCAUGAAUCAUUCAUUAUACGUGUAGCGGACCUUUUCUUCUUUGUUGAUCAAGAUGUCAUUGUAUCGAUAAUGAUAUCUAGUGUGUUUUAAAUAUUAUGUGGGGUACAUAUCUUUUAUUCAAUGAAAAGGUCUACAGUCUGUGCUUUAUGAUAGAUCUAGCUCACCCAGACGUCACGCUAUUCUAAAGUAGGAAGCGGCAGUGGGAAUUAAAUGAAAAUUGAAAAGAACCAGAAAUGAAUAUAGGGAGAAUUCCGUUCACAGGAGAAUUCUAUACACGACGAAGAUAAUAUAGUGAACUCCUGUAGCAAAAUUUUAAAAGGGACAACUGAAGGAUUGUCGAUAUGUUUUUGUAAUGCAUGUAUAGAGGUGACUUUUACUUUAGUUCACAGCGGUUCUCACUAGAUAAUACUCAAAUACAGUGGAUUGAAUAAAACACCGGGACACGUUCCCAAAUAGCAGUAUUUGCAUAAUAGGUGAAGUAGACAGCGACAAUGGACACAUAUAUCAUGGCGCAAAGAAUAAUUGGUAAAAGGGAUAAUUUACGAAGAAAUCAAAGUUGAUUAAUGUUUCGUCAUUACAAUACUUCCAUCAUUUUGAGACUAACUUAGUGUUAUCACGUGUCCAAUACUAGAGAGGUGAUGUUUGCCAGGAUAGAAGAGUAGAAGUCCAUUAUCCGUAGUGUCCUCAUAUCCGGAAUCAAUAAUUGUACUUAAUCAGCUUUAUCUUUGAGCAUGAUUGGCGGGAACAAUAAAUCAGACAAUGAUCAUAAAUCAAUCUAUAUCAUAACCUAUAUAUAAGAACGCGGAAUCUAUGGAGAAGCAUCCAAAACGGUAUUAAAAAAUGUAAAGACGAGGUUCAUGAGCAUUAUUAUAAAUACUAUCCUAUUAUAUUUAUUCGGUGACGGUUAUGUGCUAUUUGUUGACAAUAAUCGUGUAAAAAAGAACCAAAUAUACAAUAAUGAUCAAUACAUUCUGUAAGCAAGCAUUAAAAUUAAAUCUCAACUAUCUUUUUACUGGCAUCGUCAAUGAUAUAUACGACAAAUCCGUGGGAUCAACAGAUAUAAUAUAUCGUCGUCGUUUUUGUUUGCACGUGUCUUUAUCCAGCUUGUUUCUCUAGUAUUUAGUGAUUGCAUUGGAAUACACGAGACACCAUUCAAUGUAACACAAUUACUGUUUUUACUAGUGUGCAACAUUUCAACUAGGAUUCCUCUAGUUUUAUCAAUCAAUGAGUCAGUUAUAACCAAUGAUUUGAUACUGUGUUUUUGCAAUUUUAUCAUUGCUUAGUAAAAACAAGAGAUUCUUUGUUGAAACGUCGCUAACAGUAAUUUUAUUCUAUAGAAUUGGGUCCUGUGUAUGUAUUUAUUCACUUAUAACUGCUCUUGCCGUUUGCCAAUGGAAAAUAAAUGGUUCUAGAGCUAAAAAUGAGAUCUUGGCUUGCUGCGAUAAUUCCCUGUAUUUGAUACCAUGUUUGUCUGUUACGCAUUUAGCAUCCGUGUAAAACAUUUUACAUGAACACUAUUUAUCUGUUUUAUUCUUCCUAUUUGAUGAAUUAUUGAAUAUUGAACUUAUGUUACGCCAUAUUCACCAAAAACAUGGCUACUACACUGAUCAACUAUAUCUUUGUUAUAUAAUGCUAUAUUUUGUCAUAUUUAAUUGAAUAAUCCGUUAUGCUUAUUUAUCAAUGAUAUGAAAAUAAACAUUUAUGAUACAAAAAGUUGAAUUAACUGGUGGUGUUCUUGUCUUGAUCGACGACUUUAAGCUAAAUUGUAAAGCUGGAUUACGUUUACGGGCCGUCGAAACUGAGUUAUCCGGAGACAAUUCGAGGGGUUUCAGUGAUGUAUUAGAUGUUGUCUAGAUGUAGGUGACUGUUAUCAGUGUUUCAGUUCCUGGCGUUAGUUUUACAUAUCGCCGUUAAUUGAAUCUUGAAGUCUUUUCUUAUCUUCUUGAAGUCUCGGAUUUAACGCUUUGUUGAAACUAUCGAAGAAUGCAGACGUUUAUAACCUUCACUGGGCCAAAGAAGUAAA